CCUGGUCUCCCACAUGGGUGGCAGGGAUCCAAACACUUGGGCCCUAUUCUGCUGCUUUCCCAGACCUUUAGCAGGGAGCUGGAUCAGAAGUGGAGCAGCUGAGAACCGGUGGGCACGAACCGGUGCCCAUAUGAGGUGCCAGCACUGCAGCAGUGUCCCUACCUGCUGUGCCACAACACUGGCCCCUAACAAACCGUUCACUGAGCUUUCACUCCCUUCAGACACCAGCCUCCCCGGGCACCUCCCGAGUCGAUUCUUCCUCCAUCCUCUGGGGGCACUGUGUCAACAGGAGACCGGCAGCAAAGUGGCAAGGGCCAGUGGCUCUCCUGCCUCCACAGACUUGGGAAGGGCCAGAGCAGAGUCCAGGGCGUAGCCGGCCUUUGUCCUCGUAGGCAGUCUGCUGCGGCUCCUCCACAGCGGCUGGUGAAGGCCAUGGGUGGGUACAAUGCCAGCCACCUGCAGCCGUUCAUCCUGGUGGGCUUUUCUGACCGGCCUGGCCUGGAGGUCAUUCUCUUUGCUGUGGUCCUGGUCUUCUACGUCCUGGCCCUGGUGGGCAACGCUGCCAUCAUGCUUGUGUCGGUGCUGGACACCAGGCUGCACACACCCAUGUACUUCUUUCUGGGGAACCUGUCUUUCUUGGACCUCUGCUUCACCACAAGCAUCGUGCCCCAGCUGCUGUGGAACCUGUGGGGACCAGAGAAGACCAUCACCUACCACGGCUGCGUGGCCCAGCUCUACAUCUACAUGGUGCUGGGCUCCACUGAGUGUGUCCUACUGGCUGUCAUGUCCUAUGACCGUUACGUGGCCGUCUGCCGGCCCCUGCACUACACGGUGCUCAUGCACCCGCGUCUCUGCCUACAGCUGGUGACCAUGGCCUGGUGCUGUGGCUUUGUCAACGCGUUUGUCAUGUGUCCUCAGACGGUACAGCUCUCACGGUGUGGGCGCCGCAGGGUGGACCACUUCCUGUGUGAGAUGCCUGCUCUCAUCGCCAUGUCCUGUGAGGACACCACGCUGGUGGAGACUUUUGCCUUUGCCCUGGGGGUUGCCCUGCUCCUGGUGCCGCUCGCCCUGGUCCUCACCUCCUACGGUGCCAUUGCCGUCGCCGUGCUAAGGAUCAAGUCCAACGCAGGGCGCAAGAAGGCCUUCCACACCUGCUCCUCCCACCUGACCGUGGUCUCCCUCUUCUACGGAACCAUCAUCUACAUGUACCUGCAGCCGGCCAGCAGCUACUCUCAAGACCAGGGCAAGUUCCUCACCCUCUUCUACACCAUCGUCACGCCCAGCAUCAACCCCCUCAUCUACACCCUCAGGAAUAAGGACAUGAAGGGGGCGCUGAGGAGGCUCCUGGGGUGGGAAAAAGGGGGUGGGGAAGACUAA